CCGUGAAUAUAAAUGCCAGAUGUUGAAGAAGGAAAGAGGUCUGCUUAACGAAAGAAGUGACGUGCAAUGGAUCCCACAUGUCAGCGUGUGAAGCUAAAUGAUGGUCACUUCAUGCCUGUAUUGGGAUUUGGCACCUAUGCACCUCCAGAGGUCCCGAAGAAUAGAACUGUGGAGGCUGUCAAAUUAGCAAUAGAAGCUGGCUUCCGCCAUAUUGAUUCUGCUCAUUUAUACAAUAAUGAGGAGCAAGUUGGACUGGCCAUUAGAAGCAAGAUUGCAGAUGGCAGUGUGAAGAGAGAAGACAUAUUCUACACUUCAAAGCUUUGGUGCACUUCCCAUCGACCAGAGUUGGUGCAAUCAGCCUUGGAAAGCUCACUGAAACAACUGCAACUGGACUAUGUUGACCUCUAUCUUGUUCAUUUCCCAGUGGCUCUCAAGCCAGGUGAGGACCUACUACCAAAAGAUGAAAAUGGAAAAGUAAUAUUCGACACAGUGGAUCUCUGUGCCACAUGGGAGGCCAUGGAGAAGUGUAAGGACGCAGGGUUGGCCAAAUCCAUCGGGGUUUCCAACUUCAACCGCAGGCAGCUGGAGAUGAUCCUCAACAAGCCAGGGCUCAGGUACAAGCCCGUCUGCAACCAGGUGGAAUGUCAUCCUUACCUCAACCAGAGCAAACUGCUGGAUUUCUGCAAGUCAAAAGACAUUGUUCUGGUUGCCUAUAGCGCUCUGGGAACCCAACGACUUGAACUAUGGGUGGACCUAAACUCCCCAGUUCUCUUGGAGGACCCAGUUCUUUGUGCCUUAGCAAAGAAGCACAAGCGAACCCCAGCCCUGAUUGCCCUGCGCUACCAGCUGCAGCGUGGGGUUGUGGUCCUGGCCAAGAGCUACAAUGAGCAGCGGAUCAGAGAGAAUGUGCAGAUGGAAAUACAGAUGCAUGUUGGAUUUCAGCAUUUCUAUAUCUGGUGUGAAACUGCACAACUCUGCAGACAAAGAGAGGAUCUCAACAGAAACUAGAGGUGGAACAAAGCUAACCUAUGUGUACGUGAUUAGUUCGUGUACUUAGAAGAUUCAGAAGAAUCUCGGGGGAAAUUUUGAAACUUAUACUUUAGACAGUUUGAUGGUGAUACAAUCUGGAUAUUUGUCAUCUUCUAAUCUUGUGUUAAAAAUGUGAUCCCCAAUGAUAGGAGUGGGGUCUAGUGGAAGGUGUUUGUGUCAUAGGGGCAAAUACAGAAACAGAAAUCUAGCAAUAUCCAUCUGUAUUAGUCUGUUUUGUGCUGCUGUAAAGGGAUACUUGAUGCUGGGCAAUUUAUACAUAAAAGAGGUAUCUUUGGCUCACAAUUUACAGGUUGUACAAAAAUCUUAGCACCAGCAUCUCAUCCUGGAGAGGUUUCAGGAAGCUUUAAGUUUCAACAUUAGGUCAUUCCUUUGCUCCCAUACUGAUCAUAGGCUCUUAGAAGCAGCCACACUACCUGUAGAAUGUUUUCCUGCCUAGAAAUUUCUUCCACUAGUUACCCUAAGUCAUCACUCUUAAGAAGACUUUCACAAACCCCUAGAGUGGACACAAUGCAGCCAAGUUCUUUCCUAAAGUAUAACAAGGGUGAACUUUGCUCCAGUUUCUAAUACGUUUCUCAUUUUGGUCUUAGAUCUCACUGCUGUAAACUUCAUUGUCUGCAUUUUUAUCAGCAUUUUGGUCACAAUCAUUUAGCCAGUGCCUAGCAAGUUCCAAACGAUCCUUUAUCUUCUCGUUUUCUUCUGAACCCUCCCGACACUUCCAAACUGUGCUCAUUACCCAGUUCAAAAGCCACCACCACAUUUCCAGCCAUUUUUAGCAAGGUCCCACUCCUGGUACCAAUUUUCUGUAUUAGUCCAUCGUGUGCUGCUGUAAAUACCUGAGGCUGGAUAAAGUACACUGAAAGGUGGUUUGUUUGGCUUACCAUUUUGCAGACUGUACAAAAAACAUGGCACCAGCAUUUGGUUUUGGUGAGGCCUCAGAAAGCAUUUACUCGUGGUAGAAGGUGACAGAGGAGCAAGCACAUCAAAUAGCAAGAGAUGUAUUAAGAGGGAAAAAAAGAUAAAAUGUCAACCAUUUUUAAGCCAGAUUUCAUGUGAACUAAUGUAGCAAAUACUCAUUACCAUGGAGAGGGCUCCAAGCCAUUCAUGAGAGAUGCCCCCAUGGCACAAACACCUCCCACCAGGACCCACUUCCAUCACUGGGGAUCACAUUUCGACCCAAGAUUAGGAGGGCACAAAUAUCCAAACUGUAUCACCAUCAAACUGUCUAAAUUAUAAGUUUCAAAAUUUUCCUCUAGAUUCUUCUGAAUCUCCUACGUACAUGAACCAAUCAUGUGCACACAAGGUCAACUUUGUUCCAUCUCUAGUUUCUGCUGAGAUCUUCACUUUGCAAUGUUGUGCAGUUUCAACACACACUAUUUAGGAAUGAUUUUCUUUAUAUUUUACCUGAUAUUCUUUAAUCCCUUGAGAAUUCAGAGAUAUCUUUCAUAACUUUUGGAAACUUAUCAAAUAUUUUAAGUAAUGCCUCUACACUCUACUCUUCUAGAUUUGGCUGUUGCU